GGAGCGCCGGUAGAUGGCAGUCGUGUCCCUUCUGCACUAAACAGGAAGAAGCAGCGCAUCAAACACUCAUACUCAGUACACAGGCUAUACACAAUCACACACGCACAUGUGUGCGUCAAACAGGCUCUACAUACCUCGUCAUAUAAUCUAUUGCUUUCAGGGUUAUUGCACUCGACCAAUCAUUGGUAAGAGUUAAAAAGAUUAUUGGACCAUUGACUUUUACGCAUCCGAGAAGACGCCAGUGAGGACAGUGAGAAGAGUGAGACUUUGGGCUGAGGGCAACAUCAAUACGUUUUAUAAGAUUUUUGGUGUCACCAGAGGAGCGCGCUGAGCCGAUACCCACGGAGAGCCGCGCGUCAUUGGUUAUCACGCUAGAUACUUCACACUAGAACUUAAUUCACGACAAGAUCUCGACGUAUUCGACGAUCCUUAUCUCUUUAGAUGUUCCUGCUCGCGGAGUGACUCACUUGUGGCUUUUUCGGCUGUCGCGCGCUGCGCAAUUCCACGGCUUGGCGCGGAGCGCAGCAUCAUUCUCGUGGAUUUUCGUCGCGUCACUGGAUUGCUUUUUGCCGGAGUUGAGUUGAACUCCAUUGAGUAUCUGCUGGGAUGUAGCUUUUGAAGAAUAUCUCUUUUAUAACACGUUUAUACGCAUUUGAAAAGGAACUACGACUGUGGUUAGUAUAUUUAUCUGCCAUUUAAUAAAAGAAAAAAAAAGAAAAAGAAAAAAAGAUUUGUCUCACAUUUGGCGCAUUUCCAUCCACAUUCCUGAAAACAGAAAAAAAAGAACCUUGGAUGAUUUUGUCCUUUUUUUCCCCUUUCCAAAUGAUUCUGGUGGUCUUGGAUAGGAUGUGAUAUACGAAUAUUUGCCUUUGCCAACGCACGAGGCUCACCUCUCAAGGCAUUCCGUGGGACAUAAUCACAUUUCAAGGAAAUAAGCAUCUUGAAAUCCGCACUGGGCUGUGAGUAGAAAUCCAAUCAGAUCGGGUGCGUAAAGGAGGAAGAAAAGUUCCGUUUUAAACCAUGCCUGAGGAAUAAGGACAUCACCGGUCUGCAUUUAUGGUCUGCUGAAGAUUGGGAUGUAGAAGAAGAUGCAGGGAAUGAUCCAUCUCAGGGAUAAAACCCAUCUAGAUGCGUAUUGGCUGAAUGUGAAACCCCAAUUAUUUGUUGUUAAACGCCAAUAAUAAAUGGCAAAACCAGGAAGACGUCGAAUUAAUUGAUUUAUCAGCAGGAAAAAGACUUGGUACACCGGGUUUUGAUGAUGCGGGGCAAGAAAGCAUCGAGAUAUCUGCUCUAGGGGCACUCGUCCAUAUGAUGGCACUGACAGGAAGACCGAAUGGAUAUACAGGAGCAAAUUUCUUCUCAUAGAAGCUUGUGAAUGCAAAACUGCUCUUGGAUAGCUUGGAUAGCCCAAAGUAAACGCUGAAGAACAUUUUAUUGGCAUCGCGCUUCACUGCUUGAGAAUUGCAGAUGGAUUUUCGUGCUUUGGAAGCGAACGGAACGGUGAUUUUGCCUCCAAUUUGAACCUCACAGAUUGAGAAAGGCGAAGCCAGCUAGCGAGACCGAGAAUGAAGAUGUCCAGAAACUGCUGGCACUGUGGAAGACUUGGCAGUUUGGCCUAAUAAAACCCUUCUCAAAGAGUGGAGAACCUGUCAGCGAAUUAUGAAUGAUAAACAAGAUGACCUCCUCCCUGAUGCAGCAGACGAUGAGAGGUCCUAGGUGGAAUCGGGCCCUGUCCGACCCAUUGUUCGUGCUGUCGCUGGCCCUGCAGCUUCUGGUGGUGGCUGGCCUGGUGCGAGCACAGACAUGCCCCUCUGUCUGCUCUUGUAGCAACCAGUUCAGCAAGGUAAUUUGUACACGACGUGGCCUUCGAGAUGUACCCGAUGGUAUUUCCACCAACACAAGGUACCUGAACCUUCAGGAGAACCUCAUCCAGGUGAUCAAGGUUGACAGCUUCAAACAUCUAAGGCACUUGGAGAUCCUGCAGCUCAGCAAGAACCACAUCCGCAACAUUGAAAUCGGUGCUUUCAAUGGGCUGGCCAACCUCAACACUCUAGAACUCUUCGAAAAUCGUCUAACCACAAUCCCCAAUGGGGCAUUCGAGUACCUGUCCAAACUUAAAGAGCUUUGGUUGAGGAAUAACCCUAUUGAGAGUAUACCCUCAUAUGCCUUCAACCGUGUACCAUCUCUGCGAAGGCUGGACUUGGGUGAGCUGAAAAGGCUCUCGUAUAUCUCAGAAGGUGCCUUUGAAGGCCUCAGCAACCUGCGGUACCUGAACCUGGGCAUGUGCAACUUGAAGGAGAUCCCCAACCUCAUUCCACUUGUUCGUUUGGAUGAGUUGGAGAUGUCAGGAAACCAGCUGUCUAUAGUUAGGCCAGGGUCUUUCAAAGGCCUCGUCCACUUACAAAAACUGUGGAUGAUGCAUGCGCAGAUCCAGACGAUUGAAAGAAAUGCCUUCGAUGAUCUUCAGUCCCUUGUGGAGCUCAAUUUGGCCCACAAUAACCUUACCCUUCUGCCCCAUGACCUCUUCACCCCACUACACCACUUGGAGAGGGUGCACUUGCAUCACAACCCCUGGAACUGCAACUGUGACAUCCUCUGGCUCAGUUGGUGGCUAAAGGAAAUGGUACCGGCCAAUACCAGUUGCUGUGCCCGCUGUGCAUCACCUACCAGCCACAAAGGGCGCUACAUUGGCGAACUCGACCAGAACUAUUUCAAUUGUUAUGCACCAGUGAUCGUGGAGCCACCAGCAGACCUGAACGUGACUGAGGGCAUGGCAGCAGAACUCAAAUGUAGAGCAAAUUCUUUGACCUCAGUCAGCUGGAUCACACCUAAUGGGUCCAUCAUGACGCACGGGGCGUACAAGGUACGCAUAUCCGUGCUCAAUGAUGGGACUUUAAACUUUACCAAUGUCACAAUGCAGGACAUGGGAACCUACACUUGUAUGGUGAGCAACUCUGCAGGCAACACGACAGCCUCAGCUACACUCAACGUGUCCUCAACAGAGAACAGCGGCUUCAGUUACUUCACUACAGUUACCGUGGAGACCACAGAAGCGGCACAUGUUGAGGGCCACCCUACGGUACAACCGAAGGGUGGCCCUACUUCUUCUUCUGGAAUAUGGGAUACUUUACUACCUUCCUUCACCACCACCACCACAACAGCACGGACACCACUGUCCACCAAGGCUACCGACAAGACCUACACAAUCCCUGUCACAGCCCUGAUUGACGGCUCACUCAACACCUUGGAUGAGGUCAUGAAGACUACAAAGAUCAUCAUAGGUUGCUUUGUGGCAAUCACCCUGAUGGCGGCUGUCAUGCUGAUCAUAUUUUAUAAAAUGCGCAAACAGCAUCACCAGCAGAACCACCAUGCACCGGCACGAACCAUCGAGAUUAUCAACGUGGAUGAGGAUUGUGUAACGGGUGGACCUACAAUGGAGGGCCACCUCACCCUUGCCCCACUGGAGCAUGAGCACCUGAAUCAUUACAACGCCUACAAGACUGCGUACAGCCAUGCCUCCACCAUCAAUUCUAUACACAGCUCUGCCCACGAACCUUUACUAAUUCGGGCUAGCUCAAAAGACAAUGUACAAGAAACCCAGAUCUGAACUGCUUUUCAUAAUGGGGAUUAAACAAAGAAAAAAAAAAAGACUUCUAAAACUCUUAAGGAACAGUAAGUGACAUAUCGAUUUUGAAGAUUGUCAAAAACAAAGACACAGUAGCCCCAUGCAAGACGUAUGAGAAGGAUGUGGACAGGUAGAAAAGGACAUUGGGAGUUGAGUGUACGUCAACCGUUUCAAAAGUGUCUUUACAUAACAGAAGUUAUUUAUUUAAGAAAAAUAACUAUUGUGGUUUAAUCAAGAAAAUAUGUAAUCUGCAAUUAUAUUUUUUUCCAGCUAUUAUUUCUCCAUGUUUUUAAUGUUAUUUUAAGGGUUGUUGGUUUACUAAUAUGCUUUUAAACUCUGUUUAAAUCUGUAACUCUGUUUAAAUCUGUUGCUCUGUAUGUGAGGACCCAAGUCAUUUUCAGAUGAAACUUUCAAUCUUUCUGAAAUCUCAAGAUUCCCAUUCAAUGGUGAUACUUUUAAAAUCUUAGGUUACAGAUUGUCAUAUUAGAAAACUUCCACACAAUAAUUGUUUAAAUUGACCAUGUUAAUUCAAAAACAAUUAAUUUCUUGACUCUCCUCCAUUACUGGUAUUAGGCAAUAUAACAUUAUUUAGUCCUUGCUGAAAAUGAGGAUUGUAAAUCAUAUCAGGCCAGUUUGCUGGCCUCCCAGCCUGGUCAGGUCCAUCUGUUGGCUGAUUUUAGAGUGGUGUUGAGUACUUUA